CUACUCACUCUCUCUCUCUAUCUUCUCCCAAAUCUUAUCAAUUAUCCCUCGAACGCAAAACCCUAGCACCAAAGAUGAAUCGGGAGAAACUUAUGAAGAUGGCUGGUGCCGUCCGUACUGGUGGGAAGGGUAGCAUGAGAAGAAAGAAGAAGGCUGUUCACAAGACAACCACUACAGAUGACAAAAGACUUCAGAGCACUCUGAAGAGAAUAGGGGUAAACGCAAUUCCAGCAAUUGAGGAAGUUAACAUAUUCAAGGAUGAUGUUGUUAUCCAGUUCAUUAACCCUAAAGUUCAAGCCUCCAUUGCUGCUAACACUUGGGUUGUCAGUGGUUCUCCACAAACAAAGAAGUUGCAGGAUAUCCUUCCUAGUAUCCUCAACCAAUUGGGGCCAGACAACUUGGACAACCUGAAGAAGCUGGCUGAGCAGUUCCAAAAGCAGGCACCUGGUGCUGGAGCUGGUGAUGGUGCAGCUGCAGCAACUGCACCAGAAGAUGAUGAUGAUGAUGUCCCCGAUCUUGUUGCUGGACAGACCUUUGAAGCUGCUGCCGAGGAGGGUCAUGCAGCCCAUGACCAUGACCAUGACCAUGACCAUGACCAUGUCCAUGACCAUGACCAUGACCAUGCCCAUGCCCAUGCAUCAUCAUAAGAUCGAAUGAAUGAUUUUGUGCCAAUUUUAUAUACUUUCAAUGGGCCAAAAGUUUAGCUUUUGUUUCUAUUUUCUUUUUUUCCUCAAUGAGUCACUCUUAUGUUUUAUCUGAUGCCUCCUUGUGAUACACUGGGUAGUUAUUAAAUUCUCUCCUUUUUCUCCUUUUUCAA